UUCAAUCAGAGAGGACCCCACAAAUCCUUAUUCUUCAUCGAGCCUUCCUUCUCAUUUCUUCUUCUCCAAAGGGGGCGAUCAUCUCUGUCUCACUCCAUCUCUGCAAAGCCAUGGCAAGUUCUGGUGCUCCUUUUCACAAGGCUCUGAGCAAAAUCGCGUGUAAAAGGCUUCAGAAAGAGCUUGUGGAAUGGCAGAUGAAUCCACCUACGGGGUUCAAACACAAGGUCACUGAUAAUCUCCAGAGAUGGAUAAUUGAAGUUAUUGGAGCACCAGGAACUUUGUACGCGAACGAGACCUAUCAGCUUCAAGUUGAUUUUCCCGAGCACUAUCCUAUGGAAUCGCCGCAAGUGAUCUUUCUCCCUCCGGCUCCUUUGCAUCCUCACAUUUACAGCAAUGGGCAUAUUUGCUUAGAUAUUCUGUAUGAUUCGUGGUCUCCAGCGAUGACUGUUAGUUCUAUCUGCAUCAGCAUCCUCUCCAUGCUCUCUAGCUCGACUGAAAAGCAACGACCGACCGAUAAUGACCGAUAUGUGCAGAAUUGUAAGAACGGAAGAUCUCCAAAGGAGACGAGAUGGUGGUUCCACGAUGAUAAAGUAUAAACCAUCCAUCCAUCAAAACCAUAAAUGUAUAAUAAUCCAAAACAAUCAUGAGGUUUGUUUGUUGUCUAAUUUUAAUUUAAUAAUCGGGUUUAAAGCUUCCCUAAAACCAUAUCAAAAUCCGUGAUGAUGUAGAAAAUUUAAACAGUAACAUAUUACUAA